AUGCCUGCGCAUGCCCACUAUGCUCCUCUCCCAAAUCCCCUUUCUGAUCCCCACGCUGACAAUGAGCUAGAGGCUGCCUUUGACGACUCGGAGGACGAGGGCGACCUCGACCGCCCCCUCCAGCCCCGGUCCACCCGCAACGGCUACCAGCCCCUCGCUCACGACGACUACCACCCGCUGCUCCACGACCAAUCUGCGCCCCCGUCUCCUGACCAGGCUCCACCGUCUGUGCCCCCACCAGGCUCGUACAAUUUCGAAGGCUCCGAUUUCGACUAUGCCCGUCCCCCGCCCGGCUCGCCGCCUUGUCCCUCCGCCCGCGCGCUACCGAAUGAAUUCGGCAACUCCAACGGGCUCGUGCCCUCAUUCAACCCUGCGACGGACGUAGAUGCACAGCGAUCGAGGGGCGGCUGGUUCAGGCGGACAGCGGCCACCGUCCUCCCCACCCACUAUGUCCAGCGCCUCGGCCUCGAGGAGCAGGCUCCCAGCGGCCCUGUCGGCGGGGGGAUUCACAACGACGGCGUGUUCGCCAACGUCGUCGCAAAGCCCUCGCGCCCGAUGCGCAUACAACAAGGCGACGAGACGUACCUUGUCCCGGAGGAGUCCCAAAAGGACGCGCCCCCGAGCUACUCCUCGGCGCAGGCAGACUCCGUCCCGCCGUACUGGGAGACGACAGUGCAUGCGCCGUCGGCCGCGAUGAACGCGGGCGACGUCGUCGUCGACGCCCUCCCCACGGGUUCCGUGUUCUCCUUCCUCUGGAACCUCCUCGUCAGCAUCUCCUUCCAGUUCGUCGGUUUCCUCCUCACGUACCUCCUCCACACCACGCACGCCGCGAAGCUCGGCUCGCGCGCGGGUCUCGGCAUUACCCUUAUCCAGUACGGCUUCGCGAUGCGCCGCAAUGCCGACGGCCUCCAGAGCGAAACGACGCAGGACGGAUGGAUGAAGCCGUACGUUGCGACCCCGCUGGAUACGGACGAGUAUUACAAAAACCGGAACGCUACUACCGCUGCGUCCGCUCCGCCAAUGGACGAGAAUGCGCCUUUGGUCGUUGGCGAUGGUGCCUCCGACUGGAUUUCGUUCCUGCUCAUGACAGUCGGCUGGUUUAUUCUGCUCACCUCCCUGCUCGGCUUCUGGCGGGUGAAGCGCUGGGAGCGUGGCAUCCUGCGCGCACAGCGCGACAACCCCGCGGAAGGGCGGCCCACGGGCCCGGCAAAUGGCGCGCUCAUCCAUUCGUUCGAGCGCAUAUUCGGGCUGCACGGCCUCGCGGACGGCUCGCUCAUCCGCAAUGGGCUUGGCUUUUCAUCGAACAGUCACCCGUCUGAAGACGAUGAUCCGCUCGCGCAUGUGCUCCGGAUGGAGGAGGAGGAUACGGUAUCGCCAAGGGGCGAGUACAUCCUCCCGCUCACUUCUGACAACCCAGAGGACAAUGCGCGCAUGGCCCAGGCACUCGCCAUCCAGGCGCGGCUGCAUCAGGAUUUGCGGUCUGCCGGGCUGCUAUGA